AUGCUGGGUUGCUAUUGCUAUGGAGGACCCACGAAAACAUGGUCGCAAAAGAUAGAUGACUUUUUUCAGGUGACUGAAAAAGGGUCAACUCUGCAGACAGAGGUCCGAGCUGGCUUCAUUAAUUGGAUGACAAUGUGCUACAUUCUUGUGGUCAAUCCUGUCAUUCUGGGCAGUGCGGAUCCUGACAGUCAGAUUUCGACGGAGACCAUCAUGACUGCAACAGCCGUGUCAUCUGCCAUCGGCUCCUUUGUAGUCGCUUUGUCUAGUGAUGCUCCUCUGGGCCUCAUGCCGGGCAUGGGUCUGAAUGCGUACUUUUCUUUUGGCAUUUGUCGAUCCUUCCACGUCACUUUUGGACAGGCUCUGAGCUGCUGCUUCGUCAGCGGUGCGGCGCUGCUGCUCUUGGCUACUUUGGGAGUUUGUCAGUGGAUCGUUACCACAGUGCUCUCCGAGCAUUUGAAAAAGGCGAUCACUGUGGCCAUUGGUGUUUUCCAGGCAUUGAUUGGUUUCCAAGUGAUGGGCUUGGUUGUGGCUUCGCCGAACACGUUGGUGACGCUGGGUGACGUAGGGUGGUCCAACAAGCAGUUGUACUUGGCCCUCAUGGGGUUCUGUCUCAUCUCUGCUAUGCUGGUCAGCCGAUUGCACGGAGCUCUUCUUGUAGGCAUAUGCCUGAUGUCCAUCUGUGCAUGGAGCACAGGGCUGUCCGAUGCCCCCUUGGGUCUGUUCAGUCUCCCAAGAUAUGACGCUGGCUUCCUAUUGGAUUUCUCUUGCUGGGAUCCAGGGAGCGGCAAGCUGCAUGCCAUGAUCCUGGGGAGCAUGGUGCUGCUUUUUGUGGCACUGUUUGAUUUGGCCGGCGUCCAGUAUGGCCUGAUGGGCAUCGCAGGCCUACUUCAGGAUGGCAACGUACCAAGGAGUCAGUGCAUUUUCUCGAGCGCCGCCAUCGCCACCAUGUCAGGGGCAAUUAUGGGCACCAGCCCUGUUAUCAUUGCCAACGAGAGCAGUGCUGGCAUUGUUGAGGGCGCGAAGACGGGACUGUCAGCCCUGGUGAUCUCUGGGCUCUUUCUAGUAUCUGCCUUCCUGACGCCUUUGCUCAGCUCCAUUCCUCGAGUCGCCACUUCUGUACCGCUGGUGUUGAUUGGAGCCUUCAUGAUGGCACCCUGCAGAGGCAUUGACUGGGACAAUCUGCGGGCAGCCAUACCCUCAUUCUUGACCAUCACGGUGGUGCCAUUCACCUACUCCAUCCAUAAUGGUAUCAUAGCAGGAAUUCUCAUGGACGCUUUCUUGAUGGUGUCCGCGAAGAAGGUGGAUUUCUUGGAAACUUUUGGUCAGAUUUGCCUGGGAAACAAAAAGGAUACCGCAGCCGGGAUCAAGAAUCCAGUCACCGGCCACGAGCCAGACCAGGCCGCUGUGAUUGUCAGUCCUGGUAUGUCCUGGUGGAACGUGUGA